AUGGAGGCAGAGCGCGGCGGCGGCAGCGGCUUGUCCGCGCUGCCCGGCAGCAGCGCCGGCGCCGGCGGCAGCGACGGCGCCGGGGGCAGCGGGAGUCUCAAAGCCCCCAAGCAUCUGUGGCGGCACGAGCAGCACUACCCGCCGCAGCUGCGGCAGCACCAGUUCCUCCAGCACCAGCAGCCCCCCGGCCCGGCGCCGCCGCCCGCCUCGCGGGGCCGCUGCCUGGCCGGGGCUCGCGUCAGGCACCGCGGCUACUCCGACACGGAGCGAUACCUCUACUGCCGAGCCAUGGACCGCGCCUCCUACGCCGUGGAGACAGGCCACCGGCCCGGCUUGAAGAAAUCGCGGAUGUCCUGGCCCUCCUCUUUCCAGGGACUCAGACGUUUCGAUGUAGACAACGGUACGUCAUCGGGACGAAGUCCCUUGGAUCCCAUGACGAGCCCUGGAUCUGGGCUAAUUCUUCAGGCAAAUUUUGUCCACAGUCAACGUAGGGAGUCUUUCCUUUACCGGUCAGACAGUGACUAUGACCUUUCUCCAAAGUCCAUGUCCAGGAACUCCUCCAUUGCCAGUGAUAUACAUGGAGAUGACUUGAUUGUGACACCAUUUGCUCAGGUGCUGGCCAGCCUGCGUACUGUACGGAAUAACUUUGCUGCAUUAACCAAUUUACAAGAUCGGGCACCCAGCAAACGAUCACCAAUGUGUAACCAACCAUCUAUUAACAAAGCAACUAUAACAGAGGAGGCCUACCAAAAACUGGCCAGCGAGACCCUGGAGGAGCUGGACUGGUGCCUGGACCAGCUGGAGACCCUGCAGACCAGGCACUCCGUCAGCGAAAUGGCCUCGAACAAGUUUAAAAGAAUGCUCAACCGGGAGCUAACCCACCUAUCUGAAAUGAGCAGGUCAGGCAAUCAGGUCUCAGAAUAUAUAUCAAACACAUUCUUAGACAAACAACAUGAAGUUGAAAUCCCUUCUCCGACACAGAAGGAGAAAGAGAAAAAGAAGAGGCCAAUGUCCCAGAUCAGUGGAGUCAAAAAACUGAUGCACAGCUCCAGCCUAACUAAUUCCAGUAUUCCCAGAUUUGGAGUUAAAACAGACCAAGAAGAUGUUCUUGCCAAGGAACUAGAAGAUGUGAACAAAUGGGGCCUUCAGGUUUUCCGAGUAGCAGAGUUAUCUGGAAACAGACCUUUGACAGUCAUCAUGCACACCAUUUUUCAGGAACGGGACUUGUUAAAAACAUUUAAGAUUCCAGUAGAUACUUUAAUAACUUACUUGAUGACCCUAGAAGACCAUUAUCAUGCAGAUGUUGCAUAUCACAAUAACAUACAUGCUGCAGAUGUUGUUCAGUCAACCCAUGUCCUGCUAUCAACCCCGGCAUUAGAGGCAGUGUUCACUGAUUUGGAGAUUCUUGCAGCAAUUUUUGCCAGUGCAAUACAUGAUGUAGAUCAUCCUGGGGUUUCAAACCAGUUUCUUAUCAACACAAAUUCUGAACUUGCCUUGAUGUACAAUGACUCAUCAGUACUGGAGAAUCAUCACUUAGCUGUGGGCUUCAAGCUUCUGCAGGAAGAAAAUUGUGACAUUUUCCAGAAUUUGACAAAAAAACAGAGGCAAUCAUUGAGGAAAAUGGUCAUUGACAUUGUACUUGCAACAGACAUGUCUAAGCAUAUGAAUCUAUUGGCUGAUUUAAAAACUAUGGUUGAAACCAAAAAAGUGACCAGUUCUGGUGUCCUACUUCUUGAUAACUAUUCAGACAGGAUUCAGGUUCUUCAGAAUAUGGUGCACUGUGCAGAUCUAAGCAAUCCAACCAAGCCACUCCAUCUCUACCGCCAAUGGACAGACAGAAUAAUGGAAGAAUUUUUCCGUCAGGGAGAUCGGGAAAGAGAGAGGGGAAUGGAGAUAAGUCCCAUGUGUGAUAAGCACAAUGCAUCUGUAGAAAAAUCACAGGUGGGUUUCAUAGACUACAUUGUUCAUCCUCUGUGGGAGACAUGGGCAGAUCUUGUUCACCCGGAUGCCCAGGAUAUCUUAGAUACACUGGAGGACAAUCGAGAAUGGUACCAGAGCACAAUCCCUCAAAGUCCCUCUCCUGCACCUGAUGACCAGGAGGAGGGUAGGCAGGGCCAAACUGAAAAAUUCCAGUUUGAACUAACACUGGAGGAAGACGGUGAGUCAGACACCGAAAAGGACAGUGGAAGUCAAGUAGAAGAAGACACCAGCUUCAGUGACUCCAAAACUCUUUGCACCCAGGAUUCAGAAUCCACUGAAAUUCCUCUUGAUGAGCAUGUAGGGGAAGAAGUAGAAGAGGAGGAGAACCAGCCAGAGCCUUGUGUGGUAGAAGACCAUUCUCCUGACACGUAACA